AUGUUUGCGAGCUACAAGAUGCCGCGAUCCGAUAAAAAGGCAGGCAUAACUCUGGUUCAAGCGGCUUUCGACACCAUUUUCGACAUAGCCAGGUUUCACACGACCCAUGCGGACAAUGGCGAGCUCUUGACUUUCUAUGCCAACCUGAUGGCAUACUGCUUGCUUAUCAGUGGCCACCUGAGCCGUAUCACCGGGGCUGGAAGAAGCCUGGCCUGCGAUCUAGCCGACUCUAUCACAAUGCGGCUGGGAGAGAUCCUCGUCUCGAAAGGAUCCAUCGAGGAUGGUCUGCGUGAAUUGCGUGUUGGUUGGGGCGAGGUCCGGGACCGGGACAGCAUGAUCAGAGCUCAAUUCACAGGCUCGACCCUUGCCUUUGGUGAUUGCUAUGACAAGCGCGCAGCCCUUAUCCACUUCCUCGCUUCCUGGGAAAGUGACGUGCGACGCCGAUAUCCCGAGGAGCGAUUUCUCGAAACUUCAGAAGACGCUACUCCACAUCAGAAGAUUAGUGAGCCGUCCUUUUCGGUAUGGAAUUCCGCACAAGCCAUGUUCAAAGCCAUGACAGCCUGCCAAAAAUGCGGAUGCAUACCUGAACACGACUAUGGUGCAAGGCUAUGUCUGGGCACCUACCGCAAGUCUGGCGCCGACGAUGAUACGGAGGGGAAGGUCGAAUUUGACAUGUUUCUGUCCCUCACCCAUGACUGGCAAGAAGUGCGCGUUCACACAGCCAAGGAGAGGGCAAUAAAAUUCGCCAUCGACGAACAGGCGCCGCCGAGACAACCCAGGACAACUUCCCCACCACAAGCAAUCAAUCAACUAUGCGUGCCCAUUAUCAGAGCCAAAAAAUUGAGGACAGUAGAGCUCAAGGUCACGAAGGGCAAGCUAUUGUGGCUUCCAUCGGAGCUGAGCAAGCGCCUGGUGGACCUGACCAAGAGCCCCGUCUCGCUGUACGAGUUCCUGCAGGACGGCCGAUGCGCUUUCAACGACAAGACCUGGCGUAUCCUUGCGGUACUUUUAAGCUAUGCCGUCCUGCACCUUCAAGAUACGCCCUGGCUGCAGCCGACGUGGAGCUCGUCAGACAUUCUGUUUUUCCGCACAGAAGAUUCCAAGAUUCCACUGGAACCCUUUCUCCAAACGCGCCUCUUUAAGACGGAGGCGCCAGGUUUAAAGUUUGACAAGCAGGCUCAUUCGGACCCAUGUGGUGCGGAGGAUGAAUUUGACUGCGAUGAUAUCGAUCCUGACAAGAUUCUGCAGCAUCCAUGCCCCACUAUUGUCACUCUAGCGAUCAUGCUGAUGGAGGUCUACUUUGGGAUGCCAUUGGACACUAUCGCAAGACAACACAAUGUCAAGACCGCAGGCGAUGCGUCAUUCCUCUCAAGAUAUAUGGAUGCAUGCAAAGUAUCGGAAGACCGCCGAAAUGAGAUGCCAGAUCUGUUUGCCUCCGCCGUGGAAAAGUGUCUGGAUCGACCGACUUGGGAGGACACGGGGGGCACAAGACUUGACAGCCACACCCUAAGGACUAGAUUGUACAAGGAGGUCGUCCGGCCAUUGGAAAUCAAUCUUACAUGGGGUUAUAGGUCCAUAUCCAUUGACAAUCUGGACCGAGAUGCGCGAGAAUAUUUCUGCAACUGGGAUACAGCGAUUACACACCAGCCGGCGCAAGAACGGAACUAUCGGAAACAUUGGGAAUAUCCCGUUUCGCGAGGACGAACUCUUGGUCCACUAGACAAACUAUCAAGCCCGGCGGCGCCUGAGUCUGGAUCGACCUCAUUCUCACAUCAUCCUCUGUCAUCUGUAUUGCCCCCGGCCCGCGAUCGUUUGAACGGGAUCAAGGGAAGUAACGAGAGCUCAGCGAUGCCCGGAACCUCUCACAGGUCUUUUUCAAACCUAGCCGACGAAGUAGAAUACAAAUUAGCAAGGUUCUUUGAUGACGAAGCGGCUGAAGGCGGCCCCUCCCGGGAAGCGCGCGUAAAUUAUUCUCGUUGGAAAGAAAAUUACCAAGCCGUGUACGACAAGUUCAUCCCUGCCUCCGAGGACCCUGCACCAUCAACGCCGCGCGUGAGAAUUGCAGUACUUGAUACUGGCAUCGACCUCGGUCAUCCUGAUAUACAAGCUUGUAACGAAAAUAUCAAGGCCAAAUACAACUGUCUGAAUGAGAGACUCGACAGCAAUGUCCAUGACCUCGAUGGUCACGGAACCUUUGUGACCAGUCUGCUACUUGACUACGCACCUAACGCUGAUAUCUACAUCGUGAAAAUCGCCGACCGGAAGCCAGCUAAUCCUCGCGUUAUUGCCGGGGCCAUAUAUCAUGCCGUGGAUGAUUGGAAUGUCGACUUGAUCACUAUGUCAUUCGGUUUCCCGACACGGGCGAUCGACGGCUAUGACAAGCUGGAGCUUGCCAUCAAAUACGCUUGCUACCGCGAUGUGCUGCUCUUCGCGGCGGCAUCGAACAGCGGCGGGCAGCGUGGUCGUGCGUACCCGGCACGCGAGGCCAACGUCGUCUGUGUUCACUCGACUGAUGCGCGCGGCAACCGCUCGCCCUUCAGCCCGACGGCCUCGCCUCAGGACGUCAACCUCGCAACCGUUGGUGAGGCUGUUAAUUCUGCGUGGCCGGUAGAUCUCUGUAUUGGCAACCGUCACGCCACGUCGGAGGAAGGAGAGGAUGCCAUGUAUUCGAUGGACAAGUCAGGCACGUCAUACGCGACACCCAUCAUGGUGGGUAUCGCCGCGUUUCUGCUUCUGUAUGUGCGUCUCAGCCUCCCGGAUAGCGCACACAUGCUCAAAAGUCGUAGUCGCAUGGUGGCAUUGCUGCAGCGGAUCGCACAAAAGGGCCAGGGCAGCGGUCUGAGGGACGGCUACUACUUUGUGGAUGUGAGCUUGCACACUGACAGCCUCUUUGGGAAAGACAAGGCGUUUUUAGAUCGUACUAUCGAGGACAUCUUGAAUAAUUAG